GGCGACGAAAGGAGCGAUGUGAUCCUCUUGAAAUUCCUCCGAGCCAGAGACUUCAAGGUGAAAGAUGCUUUUACGAUGAUCAAGAACACCGUUCGUUGGCGAAAACAGUUCGGGAUCGAGGCUCUUCUGGACGAGGACUUGGGAAACCAGUGGGACAAAGUGGUGUUCUCCCAUGGCGUCGACAGAGAAGGCCACCCAGUUUGCUACAAUGUGUUUGGUGAGUUCGAGAACAAGGACUUGUAUCAGAUCACCUUCUCCGAUGACGACAAGAGCUUGAAAUUCCUCCGAUGGAGAGUUCAAUUUCUGGAGAAGAGCAUCAGAAAGCUCGAUUUCAGCCCCAACGGCAUCUCCACCAUUGUUCAAGUCAACGACCUCAGAAACUCCCCUGGAUUAACCAAGUGGGAGCUCAGAAACGCCACCAAGCGAGCUCUCCAACUAUUCCAAGACAAUUAUCCUGAAUUCGCUGCCAAACAGGUGUUCAUCAAUGUGCCAUGGUGGUACUUGGCCGUGAACAGGAUGAUUAGCCCCUUUUUCACCCAGAGAACGAAGAGCAAGUUUGUGUUUGCUGGACCAUCCAAGACUGCUGAGACCCUCUUCAAAUAUGUCGCUCCUGAACAAGUGCCAGUUCAGUACGGUGGAUUAAGCAGGGAAGGAGAACAAGAGUUCUCCACUGAAGACCCUGUUACUGAAGUUGCCAUAAAGCCAGCAACCAAGCAUACUGUUGAAUUUCCCAUUUCUGAGCCAAGCCUUCUGGUUUGGGAACUCAGAGUUGUGGGGUGGGAUGUGAGCUAUGGGGCAGAGUUCUUGCCCAGUGCUGAAGGUGGCUACACUGUGAUUGUACAAAAGACAAGGAAGCUUGGGCCAGCUGAUGAACCUGUGAUCUCCAACAGCUACAGUGUUGGUGAAGCUGGUAAGAUUGUGCUCACCAUUGACAACCAAAGCUCCAAGAAGAAGAAGAUCUUGUUGUACAGAUCCAAGACCAAACCCAUCUCUGAUUGACUGUUGAAGCUGCAAAAAUCUCCCGUUUCAAUUUGAUGAUGAACACAACUGCAGGCAUAAUAAGCAGGGUUCUUUAUUUAUGGAUGAUACAAUGUUUUCUUCUACUUUAUCUUCUUUCUUGUUCCAUUUGUUGAAAUUUUAAAUUUCCUUUCUCAAAUUUGGAUAGUCUUACAAAAACAAGAUUGGUGGGUGGGAGUUGGAUUUCUUUUGUAUGCCUUUUCUCUGUCCUUGUUUCCUUGAGGGUUGUGAUAUUUUUAAGGUUGCUGCUGCUAAAUUGGCAAAGAGCUGUCUGAAAUUGUUUGGACUCUGAGGAACAAGAAAGAGAGAGCCUUGUUUGUUGAUAGUACUCUGUAAAAUUUGUGUAAAUUUGUUGUAUUAUUUAUUAUUAUUACUCUCUUUCUUCAACUUGUGUAUUGGUUUAUUUUUGCCCAGUUAAAUCAAAGAUUUGUUGCUUAGUUUCUUUC